AUGACACUAAUACCGCCAACCAGAAAAAGAACUAGAAGCUGUGAAGAAGAAGAUUUUCUUCCACUUAGUAAAAAAAUAAAUAAUUUACACAUAAACAAUUGGGGGAAUGUAGAUCCAGCUCAAGAACAUAUUCUUGAAUGGAACAAUUCAUCGGAACGACUAAUUAAUUUUUACACUGAAGGUUUAUCUAAUGGAAGACAUGAAGAUGAAUCGACAAGUACUUCUUGUUCAUAUAAAAGUGCUCAAGAAAAUAUACAAAAUAAUUACAUAAAGACUGAUUUAAUAAGAGAAUGUAAAGAAGUAAAUAAUGAAUCUUUUAAAAAUAGUGAUUAUUUGCCAGAAAAUAAUGGUAAUGGUGAAAGUAGUAGUAGUAGUAGAGGUCAAAAUAAUUGGUCACCAGUUUACAAUCCUGAUUUGGGAGUUAAUGAAAAUCCUUAUUAUUAUGAAAGUAAUAAAUUACUUUUCGGAUUGUAUAUUGAAAGAUUACAAAGAACUGGUUUUUAA